AUUACAUUUUGUAAGAAACAACACCCAUUGUUAUAAUAUAGAGAUUACUUAUAACAUAGAUUAUUGAUUAUUUUUAUAAUAGGCUUAUCUUUUAUUUUAUAAUAAAUAAAAUAAGAGGACAGUCAAGAUGAUCUUUGGAUCACCGGAAGAACCGCGUAUGUCGGGGAAGGAAAAAUUAAAAAUUUUCGUGGGUGUGCAUUGGAGAGGAGUGUGCUGCGUGUUUAUUCCUCUAUUUUCUCUCCUGAUAAUAUUACCACCGCCAACUCUGCCUCAUCACUGGUGUGCAUUCUGCCUGGUUAUUAUGGCCUGCUUCUGGGUAACUGAGUGUAUUCCCUUGCCGGUGACGUCAUUCCUGCCAGUCAUAUUAUUUCCUUUAACUGGAGUUAAUAGCACAAGUGCAACUUGUGCAGCGUAUAUCAGUGACAGUCUAAUGAUGUUCCUGGGGAGUCUUAUAUUAGCCGCUUGUGUGGAGCAGUCUGGUCUUCACGUGCGUCUUGCUUACUUUGCGGUUAGGACCAUUGGGUUCACUCAUAUGAGGCUUCUUCUUUCAAUGUCUCUUGUAACCAUGUUUGUUUCGAUGUGGAUAACUAAUACUGCUGCAGUAACGAUGAUGGUGCCUAUUAACUUCGCUGUUUUAAAAGUUUUUGAAGAACAAAAAUUGAUGAAGAUCUUUGAAUAUACUUCCGAGGGAGAAAGAGUUGCAUCUGACCUAACUACUUGCUAUUUCUGUGCCACUACUUACUCAGCGACAAUAGGUGGUAUUGGCACUCUAGUUGGUACCGCAACUAAUUUAGUUAUGAAAGGACUUCUAGUAAAAGCGUACCCAAAAGUGCCUGAAUAUUUAUCAUUUCCUAAAUUCUCUGCAUUUACCGUUCCGAUGAUGAUUUUUUUGGAGGCUGCCACGUUUUUCUCCAUGGUCAUAUUGUUUUUAGGUUGGUUGAGACCAAACAGCGCCGCCGCAAAACAAGCUCUUGUAACUCCUCAAGGUCAAGCGGCUGCGAAGGCAGCUGUUGACGCUAACUGGGACAAGUUGGGAAGCAUAACAUUUUGGGAAUAUAUGGUUAUUCUUUUGUUUGGUGGCUCGAUGAUUUUUUUCUUUUGCCGCUCUCCUCAAAUGUUCCUAGGAUGGGGUGAUAUUUUAGAAGAGACAUUUCAUAGACCGGCCAAGUUCAUAAGAGAUUCGGCCUUAGCAGGUUUAGUAGGAUUUUUAAUGUUUGUAUCUCCAUCAAACUUGUCGUUCUUCAAAAAUUUUACAGUAAAAUAUUAUGAACAACUACCUAAAGUACGAGCUUCCUCUGUUCUUGACUGGAAAAAAAUGGAUGCUUCUUUACCAUACAGCUUUAUGUUUCUUCUGGGAGGUGGCUUUGCACUCUCUGACGCAGCUAAGAAAAGUGGUUUGAAUCAAAAAAUUGGAGAGUCGAUGGCCAUGCUGAAAGUGUGCCCCAAUGCUGUUGUUCUUUUCCUUAUUAUUUUGGCAGUUACGUUUGUUACGAAUUUUGCUUCAAAUGUUGCGGUCUGCAAUGUUUUCGUACCACUCGCAAUGGAGCUAGCUAAACAAAUUCACCGAAAUCCGAUGUGGUACAAUCUUGCGGGAGGUAUUUCCGCUUCUUACUGUUUUAUGCUGCCCGUGGGCACGCCUGGUAAUUUAGUCGUGCAAAGUGCUGCAAGUAUACCCACUUCGAAAAUGAUGGUCGCUGGCGCUGUGCCUACAGUGGCUACUAUUCUCCUGACAUGGUUUUUCCUUUUCUUUUGGGCACCGGUGGUAUGGCCGGACUUAACAACAUUGCCACCAUGGGCUUAAGAAAUAUAUUUAUAACUUCAAGCCCAGACAAAUUACUCCACACGUUUUUAAGGCACAAUAAUUUGCAUAGUGCUGUAAAUUGGCAGGGAAUUUCGGAAUAACAUAUGUAAAUACAGAAAUGCCCCCAUUGAUCCCUCAUUUCGAAGUUCUUUCAGUUCCUCUGUUGUAUUACGGAUGUUCGUGGGCGUCGUAAUUUUUGAUGUUGCGGUCUAAGAUUUUUUACCAAACUUAACAUUUUAGGAUUCACAUAUUUUGCUAGCACAUAUUAGCAUUGUCAAUUAUUACAUAGUACACAAGGCUAUAGACCUACAAAAAUAUCAUGGCAGUUUUUCGACAUUCACGGGGGAGCGCCUGUUAGUUUUUAGUUACCAGUAAGCAAAAAGGGGUUUAACGCUAAAUACUGACAAAAGCUACUAGGUGUUAGAUGUUACACAGCGAGUUGUCAUGCAGUAGGAUUUGUU